AUGUGUACAGGCGGUACUAUACUUGAAAUUAAUUAUGAAUUGAUCCGAGCAUGUAUUGAAUAUCAAAAACAAGGAUUGGUGAACACACAAGAUAUGACUCUAUAUAAAGCACGUCUUCGAUCAAACUUAUCAUAUCUUGCCACCAUAGCCGUUGAACUCAAUGGAAAUGUUUCUGGAAAUAUAAUAAAAUCGGUAAAUCUUCCAGAUUUAACCCCAUUACCUAUUCCACGUGGCUUAGGUGGACAAAAACUUAAUAUUCUUAUUCAACAAGCUGAUCAUAUUUUCUCUACUAUAGCGCAACAAUUUCAGCAAAAUCAAUCUACACAACAGCAACAACAAAAUAUUGAUAAUAUGACAGAUUAUAAUGCUACCAUGAUUGAAGUUGCGGCGGCAGCAGCUACACCAAAUCGAGAUAAUAAUCCAUAUAAUAUAUUAAGACCUUUAGUUGGAAAUGUUGUUAGUGGACAAACAAGAAUAAUUCCAUCAUUGAUGACUGGUAUGAGUGAUCAAUAUGCAGAAACAGGAGUGGUCACAGCGGCAUCACUUCAACAAAAACAAUUCCAACAUUUACAAAAUGUGGGAUUUCCUACAGGAUUUAUUAACACCACAGAUGCUGUUACAAAUACAGGAUUCAAUCCUACAAAUGCCUAUCAUAUGGCGAGAUAUCCAAUAAACAAUAAUAAUUUGGAAAACGAUGUUAUUGGAAUUAAUGAAUUGACAGCUGCUAAUGGAUUUGUAAAUAAUGGAAUUGCGAGCGGUACAAUAGGAUUGCCAAACAUGCUGAAUCAUGAAAAUGAAAUUUAA